GUCUAGCACCUACUAGUAGUCUAGUAGCACGCACGUCUCGUGUCUGUAUAUGCACAGUAAUACUCAAGAGUCAAUCGAUCGUCUAAAAAAAUGCCCCGACGCGCAAAGGUGCAUUUUGUAUCACUGAAAUCAUCCCUGGUCAAUCUCCCAAUAUCAGUUUACGGUCCCCUUCUCGAGAGACAGAUUCGUCCGCAAACCCUUGCUGUCCACUUGAAGCCCACCGAUGGCGAGGGAAGAGAGGUAUAUGUUGGCUGGACCGGCAUGGCUUCUGCAUCAUCCCUUGCCUCAUUCAACUCUACCGCAGCCGAACGUGGAAUAGAAACCCUAGAGAUAGAUCCUCAGUACGCAGCAGGCUUGGGAUUCAAAGAAGGAGACGUGGUAGAAUUAGGAUUAUUAUAUGACCUCCCGUACGCAAAGACGGUGAGCACUGAGCCCCUCAGUGCAGAUGACUGGGACGUAGUGGAACUGCAUGCAGCACACGUUGAAGGUACUCUCCUCUCCCAAGUGCGAGUUGCGAAUGUCGGACAAGAGAUCAAUGUUUGGGUGCUCGGGCGGACGAGAGUACGACUAAGAAUCGUCUCGCUCGACACGUCUGUGACCGCGGCACUGCUCACAACCGAUACCGAGGUCAGCAUUGCCCCCAAGUCGCAUAGGAAAUCCAAAGCAGAAACCAAAUCAACGAGCUUAGAGCACGGAACCGUUGUGUCGACGCAGGACAAGCCCUCGUAUCCAUCUGAAAUCCUCCGAGUGCUCCCUGAGCGCCUUGUCAACUUUCCUGAAACGACCAAUCUACGCGACCCCAAAACGCGCGCAUACAUUCAUCCUUACACUCUAUCGCUGCUUACAGGGACUCAGUACAUCCCGUUCGACCCAAAUCCUAACCCUCCGCGUUCGGGAUGGUGGUGUGCGCGUGCACGUUGGCUGGAGCCGCCCAAGGAUCCGACGGAUAUCACAAACUCCGGUACUAGAAAAAAUGCCAGCAUCAAACCAAGUGCUGAAGCUGAGCAGGAGGAUGGCGAAGCAAAGAUACUGCACCCAGGGUCGAACAGAGAGUUGGGAGCAAAGGAUGAUAAAGAGAACGGAAAGGACGGGUGGGAAGUGUGGCUGGGAAUCUCUGAUUCCGUUUUGGAGACCCAUGUGAUGUUUGUCGGUGAAGUGAAGGGUGGGGUCGGGGUCGGGGACUGGGAUCUCGUUCGGAUAUCACUCACAGGUGCCCGUGAGCAAGGGCCCACAAUAAAUGGAAACCUCGAUGAUCCUGCGUCCGCAUCAUCCUCGCCUUCAGCUUCGGCAGCGAUCUCACCAGAACUAGUGACACCAUCGCUUCAUCUAUCAGGUGUCUCUAAUAUUCUCGAAGACAUAACAAAGACUUGCGUCGCGACCUACGCCGUACAUGCGCGCAAAAAUGUCGUUCAUGGAGUCCCUGGCAUUUUAAUAACAGGCCGUCAGGGAAUGGGCAAGACAUCAGUUGCGAAGGAGAUCGCGCGCAGACUGGAAGCAGAUGAGCGUGUGUAUGCUUCCAUACAUUAUAUCGACUUCUCCCCGCUCGCAUCCAAGCCCGCUCAGACCCUCGGUGCACUUUUUCGCCACCUCUUUGUGCUAGCACGAUGGCACAGCCCCUCCGUCCUUGUCUUCGACAACCUCGACAAAGUCUGUGCUGCAGAGGUCGAGCAGGCGGAUUCUUUCCGCCAGCGACAUAUAACGGAGCUCUUCCUCAUGCAAUAUAGUUCCAACGCACGCCUUGCACCAUCCAACUUCCGUGGUAUCGUACUCCUCGCCACAGCAGAAAGUCAGACUAGCGUGCACUCGCUGCUACAUACGCUGCAUGUCUUUAAGGAUGUCGCUUCCAUUCCUCCGCCGGGAAGGGAGGCACGGAAGGAGAUUCUCGCCAGUCUUGUGUCACGCCGGCUUUCCAUGGCCAAGGAGCCACUGUCAUUUGUUGUCGACGAAUCCGACCCACCUGAGUACACUCGACUCGCAGUAGGGACGGAGGGCUAUUCUCCUGUAGACCUGCGCGACCUUGUCACACGGACGAUACAGGUCGCCGUUGGACGGGCAGUGUCAGAAGUGGGCGUGGGCGUUGAGAAGGUCACACUUUCGGCGAAAGAUUUUGUAGAGGCCCAAGAGGGAUUUGUGCCUCUCUCGCUGAGGGAUGUGCCCUUACAAAAGUCGGACGUUGAGUGGGCUGACAUUGGCGGCUUAAAGGACACCAAGCUCGCGUUGAGGGAAACCUUGGAAUGGCCGACGAAGUAUGCUCAAUUGUUCAAGCAGUCUCCGCUGAGGUUGAGAUCUGGGCUACUAUUGUACGGCUAUCCUGGCUGUGGAAAAACGCUACUUGCGUCAGCCGUCGCGAAAGAGUGUGGGUUGAACUUCAUCAGCAUCAAGGGCCCAGAGCUGUUGAAUAAAUAUAUCGGACAGAGUGAAAAAUCAGUGAGAGAUAUUUUCGAUCGUGCGUCGGCUGCAAAACCCUGCGUACUCUUUUUCGACGAGUUUGACUCGAUUGCACCAAAGAGAGGACACGACAGCACGGGCGUGACGGACCGUGUGGUGAAUCAGAUGCUAACCCAGAUGGAUGGCGCCGAGGGGCUCGAUGGAGUCUAUGUUCUGGCUGCAACGAGUCGACCAGACCUCAUCGACUCCGCACUACUUCGUCCCGGUCGGCUUGAUAAAUCGUUGCUAUGCGACCUGCCUGGUAUCGAGGACAGAAAAGAUAUUUUGGUUGCAGUAUCCCGGAAGCUAACGCUCGCACCCUCUGUGGACUUUGAUAAACUUGCAGGUAUCACUGAGGGCUUCUCGGGUGCGGAUUUACAGGCUCUCGUGUACAACGCGCAUCUGGAAGUAGUGCAUGCUGCUAUAGAUGCUGAGAAGGCGGAUGGUGAUGGUGAUGGUGAUGUCGAGGCGGGUCGGAGGAGGGUGGGCGCGGGGCUGACUGAUGAGGUCCCGGUGAAGUAUAUGGUGCUGGGCGCUGGGAAGGAUGCAGCAAAAGCUGCGUCUAAGGCAGACGAAACGAAAAUGCAACGACGACUGCAACAAAUCAAGGCAUCGAAGUCUGGAGGGAUGGAGGAGGACAGCAGGGCUGUUGUGACGCCCAAGAAGCACGAGAUCUCUCAAGAGCAUCUAUUGAAAGUGCUGAAGACGACAAGGCCGUCUGUUUCACGCGAGGAACAGGUAAGGCUGGGGAGAAUAUAUCGGGAGUUCGUGUCAGAUCGAGGUGGCGGCGAGAAGACAUUCCCAACACCGGGUGGUGAUAGCCGAGUGGGGAGUCGAGCGUCAAUGGGAUGAUGUGCAUGUUGAGGCCUGAGUCUUAUGAGUAUCCAACACAGGAUCCGAACUUUGACUGCAGCUCGAGAUCGUCCUGACUUCUUACACGGUCACAUUAAAAGCAUUGUUUAUUGCCUCACAACUCCAACCGAGUCUUUCGUAGACCCUAUGAUAGAAACGGUUAUUUCCUUUUUCAUCAGGGACUCAGGCCUCCUCAGGCCCAGGAGUAGGCUAAAGUACACUAAACGUUAGACGUGGGUAAUACCUAGGUCCCAGUUUAUAAAUGUGCUCGUGCGUGUCACUCUACAAUUUGUUCUGUC